UAGAUUAUUAUUUUUAUAAUAUUUUAAACGUGGAUUUGUACUCAAUAUCCAUCAUUCGUCUUAAAUAAUAUUUAUCCAGCAUUCCAACUUCUGAUAAAAUACCUAAGCAUUAUGAAACUCAGUAUUUUCACUUUAAAUAUAUGGGGUUUGAAAUUUAUUUCCAAAAAUCGUAAUGCUCGAGUAAAAGCAUUAUCUGACAGUUUAACAAACAAUGGAUAUGAUGUUGUGUGCUUACAGGAAUUAUGGUGUGAAGAUGAUUACAAAUAUUUAAAAGCAUCUUGUAAAAACGUAUUUAAAUACAUACAUUAUUUCCACAGUGGCAUGUUAGGAUCAGGGAUGUGCAUCAUGUCWCGUUAUCCAGUAAUUGAUCACCAUUACCACUCAUUUAGUUUGAACGGCUAUUUACAUAAGAUUUGGCAUGGAGAUUGGUUUGGUGGAAAAGGGAUUGGUAUGUGUCGUGUCAAUGUCAACGGCUUUACUGUAGAUGUAUACACUACACAUUUACAAGCUUGUUAUAAUGCAUCAAACGAUAAAUACAUAAAUCACAGAAUAAUACAAGCUUUUGAAAUUGCAAAUUUAAUUCGUAUUACAUCUGCUGGUUCUGACUUAUCAGUUUUAGCCGGUGAUCUCAAUUGCAAUCCAAAUGAUAUUUGUUAUAAGUUAGUCUGUUUAGUUGCAAACAUGAUCGACUCUCAUUCUGCGUGUUUAAAUAAUAGUAUUGAGUAUACUUUCAAUCAUCCUCAAAAUUCUUACAAAGAUGCUAAUAACAUAAAUGAUCGUAUUGAUUAUAUACUGUACAAAUUAAAUGAAAAGAAUUUAGUGGUUGUAAAUGAACAUAGACAUUCAUUACCACAUCGCGUUCCUGGACAAAAUUUUAGUUACUCAGAUCAUGAACCAAUUGAAGCAGUAUUUGAAAUAUCAGCGAAUACAUCAAGUACUGAAAGAAAUAUUACAAAGAAUUCCAGUAUUAAAUUUGAAGAUGAAUUUAAAAAUGUUUUGAUUACUUCUCUGAACAUAUGCAAUGAAGGAAAUGUAAUAAACCCAUUAAUAUCAUUAUGGCAUUUUGUAUUUGUAAUCAUUUUUAUUGUAUUUAUGUAUAUAUAUCCAUAUACAUAUAUCGAUAUAGUUAGUGCUAUUACUUUAUUAAUUAUUUUCUUAAUAAUGUGGAUUUAUAACUUAGUCAUAAAAUGGACAGAACAAAAUUGUGUACGUGGAUUUCGUCAUCGUAUAGAAACAUUUUUUUCUAAUCAAUAAGACAGAAUUUUUAUUUCAUAACAUACAGGGUUGAAAUAAAUGUUAGAGAUAUAACUGACAUAUGCAAGGCCGUAGCC